GCCGCCUCCUUCUGCUCCUCCUGCUCCUUCUCCUGCUGCCAGAGGAGGACCUGCUCCUGCCUCCUCCAUCCUCUCCCGCAGGUCCUAGGUCUUGAUGAUUCUGCAUGAAGCUUGAGGAGGCCAUGGCAGGUCUGGUUGGAUGCCUUUUGAAUCGUCAACCCCUUUAAUGUAAAGGACACACUGUGAAUUGGAAAAAUGAAGAUUAUUUGGCUCCCCGUUGAUAUGGAAGACUGAAAGGAGAUUCAUGUGGUCUUAUUUGUGAAAGGAAAUCACAAAAAUUUAGCUGCAAAGAUGAGUUCAGAGGAGAAAGGUAUAUCUCCUGCUCACAAAACCUCUACACCGUCUCAUAAAAGUGCCUCUUCUUCGUCAUCUUCCCAGAGGGACAGUAGGCAGAGUGGCCAUAUAUUAGAGCGAAAUAUUUCUUCAGGAAGUGCAGAUCUGGUAAUGGGCAAGCAGUUGCUAGAAAAUGAACCAGUCACCAUAUCUAAAGAGCCAGACAACUGGGAAAUUAUAGAAGGUCUGAAAAUUGGUCAGACUAAUGUUCAGAAGCCAGACAAACAUGAAGGAUUCAUGCUGAAGAAACGGAAAUGGCCUUUAAAAGGCUGGCACAAGCGCUUUUUUGUCCUGGAUAAUGGAAUGUUGAAGUACUCAAAGUCACCGAUUGAUACUCAGAAAGGGAAGGUCCAUGGAAGCAUAGACGUUGGUUUAUCGGUUAUGUCAAUUAAAAAGAAAGCUCGUAGGAUAGAUCUUGACACCGAAGAGCACAUCUACCACUUGAAAGUGAAAUCCCAGGAUUCUUUUGAUGCUUGGGUGUCAAGGCUACGCCACCACCGACUAUACCGUCAGAAUGAGAUUGUACGAUCACCACGAGAUGCCAGCUUUCACAUAUUCCCUUCAACUUCAACCACCGAGUCUUCACCAGCUGCUAAUGUUGCCAUGCUGGAAGCUAAGGUAUCACAGAAUAACUUCCCAUGGCAGCCACCUAUCCCUUGCAGUAACAGCCUGUCUCCAUUACCUGCAACAUGUACCACUGGCCAAAGUAAAGUAGUUGCUUGGUUGCAAGACUCAGAAGAGAUGGAUAGAUGUUCAGAAGAUCUUGCACACUGCCAGUCAAACCUUGUGGAACUCAGUAAAAUCCUUCAAAACUUAGAAAUACUUCAGAGAACUCAGUCAGCUCCAAACUUCACCGAUAUGCAGGCUAACUGUGUAGAUAAGAAAGACAAGCGUGUCACAAGAAGAUGGAGAACAAAAAGUGUCAGCAAAGAUGCUAAAAUACAGCUCCAGGAAGGGACAACGCUGAAAAGCCAGUUCAGUUCUGCACGGCGCCGACAGAGACUGGCGGCAGCAGUGGCUACAACAGUCCCUUUCAGUUCCACCAUGUCUCCUGUUCGCCUCCAUUCAUCCAAUCCUAACCUCUGUGCGGACAUCGAAUUUCAGAUGCCACCAAGUCACGUCGCUGACCCCCUGGAAACCUCCACGGACUACAUAAAACUCCAGGAAGAAUUUUGUCUCAUGGCACAGAAAGUACACUCUCUUCUGAAGUCUGCCUUCAAUAGCAUUGCAAUAGAGAAGGAAAAACUUAAACAGAUGGUUUCAGAACAUGAUUUCACAGGACAUAGCACACAGAUAACACGUCUCCGACAAUCUCUUUCUCAGGCUCUCAACCAGAAUGCUGAACUAAGGAGUCGCUUGAACAGAAUACAUUCAGACUCUGUUCUUUGUGAUCAGGUUGUCAGUGUAAAUAUUAUCCCUAGCCCUGAUGAGUCAGGUGAACAGAUCCAUGUCAGCCUCCCGCUCUCCCAGCAAGUUUCUCAUGAGAGCCGCCUCUCCAUGUCUGAAUCUGUCUCUGAAUUCUUUGAUGCACAAGAGGUGCUUCUGUCUGCAAGCUCAUCAGAAAAUGAGGCUUCCGAUGAUGAAUCAUACAUCAGUGAUGUCAGUGACAACAUAUCUGAAGACAACACCAGUGUCGCAGACAAUAUUUCUCGGCAAAUACUUAAUGGUGAACUAUCAGGAGGUGCUUUCAGAAAUGGACGAAGGACGUGUCUCCCAAGCCCCUGUCCUGAUACUAGUAAUAUCAAUUUGUGGAACAUUUUGAGAAAUAAUAUUGGAAAGGAUCUCUCCAAAGUAUCUAUGCCAGUAGAACUCAAUGAGCCUUUGAAUACCUUGCAGCAUCUUUGUGAGGAACUAGAAUAUAGUGAGCUUUUGGAUAAGGCUGCUGAAUCUGAUGACCCCUACGAACGUAUGGUCCUAAUUGCUGCUUUUGCAACGUCAGGAUAUGCCUCCACUUAUUACAGAGCUGGAAGCAAGCCCUUUAACCCUGUCCUUGGUGAGACUUAUGAGUGUAUUAGGGAAGACAAAGGAUUUCGAUUUUUCUCAGAGCAGGUUAGCCACCACCCACCUAUUUCUGCCUGUCACUGUGAAUCAAAGAAUUUUGUGUUUUGGCAAGAUAUCAGGUGGAAAAACAAAUUCUGGGGCAAAUCGAUGGAAAUCCUGCCAAUUGGAACCCUGAAUGUAAUACUUCCCAAGUAUGGUGAUUGCUAUGUAUGGAACAAAGUCACUACUUGUAUACACAACAUCCUCAGUGGAAGGAGAUGGAUAGAGCAUUACGGGGAAAUAACCAUCAGGAACACAAAGAGUGGUAUCUGUAUAUGUAAACUCACUUUUAUGAAGGUGAAUUACUGGAAUUCGAAUGUAAAUGAAGUUCAUGGUGUCAUCAUGGAUCAAGAAGGAAAGGUGGUGCAUCGCCUCUUUGGAAAGUGGCAUGAAGGACUAUAUUGUGGCGUUGGGCCUUCGGCAAAAUGUAUAUGGCGGCCAGGCUCGAUGCCAACCAACUAUGAGCGUUAUUAUGGCUUUACAAGGUUUGCCAUUGAGCUGAAUGAGUUAGAUCCUGCCUUGAAAGACCUCCUUCCAAGAACAGAUGCACGAUUCCGGCCAGAUCAAAGGUUCUUGGAAGAGGGGCAUUUAGAAGCAGCGGCCACAGAAAAACAAAGAAUAGAGGAACUCCAGAGAAACCGGAGGCGCUACUUAGAAGAAAAUCAUAUGGAACACAUACCAAAAUUUUUUAAAAAAGUUAUCGAUGCCAAUCAAAGAGAAGCCUGGGUUUCUAAUGACACGUAUUGGGAACUCCGAAAGGAUCCUGGCUUUAGUAAAAUAGAAACCCUCAAACUCUGAUUGGAAAAUUGCACUCUUCUCUGCUCUGAGCCUGUUCCCUCUCCUUCAAGUUUCCGCAAAAGCUCAAGAAGACCUAGUUUGUAUGAUUUGCUUCUUUGUUAAAAUGCUGCUUAUUCGCUGAAAGGCGCUGUAUCUAACAACGGCCCACUCAGGCCCCUUUUACUGACCUCAGUUAUAUCCACGUGUUUAGUUUUUUGAAGUAGAUUUUGUCCCUCUCUUCUGUAAGUCCAGUAAAGCUCAUCGGGCAGAUUUGGGAAACAGUUAUCCCUGCAGAAUUGAGGAGAGGCAGGGGUUCAGCCUUGGAAAAGUGUCGAAAUUGGCAGGAUCCCUAAAACUGGGCUUCGCAGCAUGCAGAAAGCCUCCAAGUCUCUCGUACUUCUACAUGCUUGGCUUGCAACCGCAACCUUAGUUUGGGCCUGGUGUGCUGAUGCAAAAGAUUAUUUCCACAAAGAAUUUUUCUAAAGGUCUGCAACAGUUCUCCAGUCUAAAAUAAAACAUCUGAAUCCUGUGUGGCCCCCAAGUUAAAGUUUGAAGUAAAUGCAGAUUUGUGGAUGUGGAUGCAGAAAGUUUCCUUGCUGUUGCAUACAAGUACUGGGUGAAUAAAGACUAAUCCACAUGUUUAGGUUAAUCAAUUUCCUUUCCGCCAUUAUGGUGUUUCUCAGAAUGGUGCCAGUUUGGAGACUGGAACAAUUCAGUUAUCUCUGUGGGCUGUUGAGUGAAACCAACUGUUAAUAAAAAGCAAUGAUAUUUGUCUGUUUCCUUCUGUAGACUAUGAAUUGUAUCCUCAGUUCUUUGUUUCCCAUUUCCUACACAAAUUAACCACUGAAUUGCUUCAAUGCAAAACAACCUUUUGUUGAUUUAUUUGUUUGCCAGUGAACUAAUGUGAAGAAAGGUAUACAUAUUAUGCCUUAAAGAUAAUAGCUGAGCUUGGUUUUGAAAUUCUGUUUGUUCUAAGAGAGGGAAAAAAAAUUGUUCAAUGAUGCACAAUAUUUUGUUUUACUCAUUUCCAAAAACGUGUGCUGAAAGAACCAUGUUGAAACUGAAUUGUCUUUACAACCUCAACACACCCUAGACUGAAUUCAGUAAAUGUUCAGUUCCCUAUGUUUAGCAAGCCCUGUAAAACCUAACCACAGCUUCCUGGUUUGUAUCCUGUGGCUGCAAUUGGAAAAAAGUGACAUUCAGAACCGAAGAGCUUGUGUGUGAAUCUGAAACAUCGUUUCCACUGGUUCCACUGCCAAAGAAACAAGCCAUUGCUCACUUGCAAAAGUGUCCCGCUUUCCCCCCCUUUGUCAGUGGGAGCUGUUCUGGCAGCAAAUAAAUCCGCUGCUUUGGUAACACAUGGUUCUGUUCAAUAUGCGUGUCUCACUUAUUUGGAUUGUCUGGUACGUUGUGCUACCAAAAAAGCAGGAAAACUGUGCCUCUUCAAAUGAAUGUUGUACAGAGGAAUGUUCCACUUGUAAGAAAAUGGGCCUCAAUAAAUUCACAGCAAUUACUUUGUAAA